AAACCUAGCAGUUAAACGGUUCACAUAAUAUAUAUGAUUUUGUCCUUGCGCCGAUCUCAAGCUUCGUCCUAAUGGCAGACCAUCCAACUUUGCGCCGGAGGACUUUCUCUUCCACCAACAUGCCAAAGAACACGGAAUACCGGCCGCAUGAGGGCAAAUUUGGUAUCGUGACUGGCGGCUCAAGAGGAAUCGGAGCCGCCAUAGCUCGAAACCUAGCAGUAAAAGGAUGCUCCCUCCUUCUCGUGUACACAUCCGACUCAUCCACCGAACCCACGCAAGCCCUCUGCAAGGAACUCUCUGAGGCCCAUGAUGUCCUUUGUUUCCCCGUGCAGGCCGACCUGGCAGAACCGACUCGCAGCAUCCCUCAUAUCCUAGCCACCGCGAAGAACCACUUUUCGCAUCCUCGGACGGGCACGUUUCAAGUGGACAUCAUCAUAAACAAUGCGGGUAUCGCCGGGAACAAGCUGCUGAAUGAUCCGGAUAUGGGCGCCAUAGAAGAAACACAAUUCCGAAAGCAAUACAAUGUGAAUGUGCUUGCGCCUCUAUUGCUGGUUCAAGCAUGCCAGCCCUACCUGCCCAAAGACCGAUCCGGGCGCAUUAUCAAUGUAUCGAGCGUAUCCGCGUCGAUCGGGUGCGAGUCACAGUCCAUAUAUGCCGGGACAAAGGCGGCGCUGGAAGCAAUGACUCGGGUUUGGGCAAGAGAGUUGGCGGAAAACUGCACAGUCAAUGCUAUCAAUUCAGGACCAGUGUGGGGAGACAUGUACAGCCUUGCAGGGGAGAAGUUUUGGAAAACGAAUCAGAAAUAUGUAGACAGCGCGCCGCUGAUGGAUUACAAAGGCGGGGAUGAAGCGAUCCGAGCACGGGCUGGAGGUGAUCCUGAGGAAUAUGAUCGCAUGGUGUUGCAGGGUAUGGGUGGUAAGAGGCCAGCUUUCACGGACGAAAUCGCGGGCGUUGUUGGUAUGCUCUGCUCUGAAGAGAGCGGGUGGACGACAGGUAGCGUCAUUUGUGCCAAUGGUGGCAUGAAAAUGUCCAUAGCAUAAGUGCAAGGAUGAGCUUGAGAAUUCGGAGUGGUGUUUCUCCCGAAUUGACGGUGAAGGAAAUCAAGCACGAGGCUGAGAAUGACAGAUAACCGUGUCAUUUGAAAUCGCCCGCACUUUCAAC